AUGGGACGUUUCAAGCCACUCGCUAUUAAGAAGAAGUACGCCAAGAAGCUGAAGCAGAACAGGCCAGUGCCGUAUUGGAUCCGUCUGCGUACCGGCAACCGCAUCAAGUGGAAUGAGAAGCGCCGCCACUGGCGCCGCACGAAGCUCCAUUAUUAA